GCUUAUGGUAAUUGCGGUCUCCCGACUGGCCUUCUGGGUAGAGUCUGCGCGAGUGGGAGUGGAGCGAGUCGCUCGGUCUCGGCAGCGUUCAUCCAUUCUGUGCGGCACUCCCCGUACAGCUCCGUGCGUCCUCGGUGCGAACCGGGGCUCCGACCGGGGUAUUCUUGAAGCUUCGCGAGAAACGCGGGACAGAAAGCUACACGGAAUAACCUUCAACAACCUUUCCGACACACGGAUUCCGGCGUCUGAGAGGACAUGGAGUGACUGAGAGCGGGAGAAAGGGGCUUUUUCCGAGGACGGCGUGCUCCGCUGAAACCCAACAUGGCGCUGCUGCGAGGUACGGCCAAGCUGAAUUAAUGUCUCCGCGAGUCCACCGACCUCGCCACCUGUAUCCUUAGGGGCCCGGGCCGAGCGGCGCACAGCCUCUGCCACUGAAAGGACCCGAGCGGAUUUUCAGCUAAAUUGUGGAUUUCUCUACGUCCUGACGUUUGUUUCUCCUCCGCGCAGGAUCUUUUUGUUGCUUUAUGGAAACCCCAGUGACAUUGGCAGCAGCAAAAAAGUCCGCUUGAAUAUCGGGUAAUGGAUCAGAGUUGACUGUAGACAAUAGAUCUGAGACAAAGAGCUUUAAAUGUGAGACUGCUUUUGUUUCGUGACAAGUGGAUAACCUGUUAGACACUUUUAGUUGUUUUUGUCCUCGGUCGGGAUUGUCUGUCUUCAGCAGACAGGACCGUAACCAGGCAGUCUACGUACGCACGGAUCGCUGCCCUCGCGGCUAACUUGGCAAAACAGGAAAAAGGCGUGAGUCCAGACGCACGGACGAGGACUGGAACUAGCAUCAAUUAACCAGGGCAACAUCUGUUCGUGAUGUCGAUGCUGAGACACAAACCAACCUGGAACUAAGACAAGGGAACCACAUCACACAAAACAUGGUGGAUGCACGGUUGACGCCCCUGGCUGCGAUGGGGCUAGACAGAGGAACUCUGAUUCACGAUGGGCUUCGUCUCCAUGGUGGAGUUGUUUAUCCAGGGAUCAGAGCGUUGCCAGCUGAGAAGAGCCGAGAGACGCCUGCCCUUCCCCUCAGUUAUAGCAGGGAUGGCCUUCCAGAGCUCAUCUACAAGCCUGAUGGCCCACUGGACAGUCGUAAGCCUACUAAUGGAUACCUCGGCCUCUAUAAGGGAACCCCUCCAAGUCUCCACAAGCCUGUGCUGGUUCCUGGAGCAGAAGGUCUAGGCUUGGAACGCAGAGUAGGGCCUGGGGAAAAAGCAUCUGAACUGGGUUUGGCAGGUGCUGGUGGCAGCUACCUCCGUCUGCCAUGGCUCAGCCCCUACCCUGAAGCAAGCAUGUAUCCGUUCAUGGACUCCAAGUUUGCAGCUCUUAACAUGUACAAAGCAUCCUUGCUCAGCCAACCCAACCCCUAUCUUCCCCAGCACCUGGCCUAUCCUUCUCUGUGUGCAGCCCAGGGUGGCAAUGUUAACCCUGCUGCAGCCCCUUCCCCUGCCGAGAGGCUCUACUAUAUGCCUCCAUAUCCUCCCUCCCCCAUCUCAUCCCCGAUGGUGGGAACCCCUAUGAGGAUUCCUGCAGUCACAGUGGCCCCCACCUCAUUGGUACACUGCCAUGACAAGGGCCUUGGUGUUGCACCCCCAUUCCCACAGCAGCUUCACCAACUUUCCCCUCAUCCACAGCACCAUCAGGCUGCUACAGACCGGGACCGGUCCCCAAACAGGAGCAGCAGACCAAGCAGACCUCCCUCUAGGAAGGGCUCCAGCAGCAAUAAUAACAGCAGUAGUUCUAACACUAGCAACACCAGUGGUGGAAAUGAUAAUAGUCUGCCUACUGAUUCAUCCCCCCAUGCAUCUUCUCGCCUUCCCCAGCCUCCUGCUCUGAUUGACAGUUCACUGGAUUUACAAAGGCCAGUGGCUAGAAUAGGGCAGCUGCCUGCCUCCUCCACUUCUUCAGUAUGUGCCUCAUCCUCUUCCACUCAGUCCAUUCCUCAUCCAUUCUCUGUAAGCAGUAUGGCAGACCAGUCCUCUCCAGCCCGGCCCAGCCCUCACAAAUCCAGGCCAAGAGAUGGUGUGCCUGAGCACAGAAUUGUGGGGGCUGAGAGGAGAUCCAGCAGGUCACCCUCCAAACCUCAUUUUGAAAGACCAGCCCAUCAACCUCAAGUAACCAAAGACUCAGCAGAAAAGCCCUUGGAUUUGUCUGGACGAAUGCUGGAGUUUGGACUGCCUCCAAAUGGAUUCCCAGUCAAGAUAGACGCAAUGGCAUCAGGCACACGUUAUGGGCUGCCCCAUAACAGAGAGCUCUUAAAAGAAAAUAUGUCCCUGUCUCCUUCCUCUCAUGCUCAUUCUGUGGUCAGCAGCACUUCUUCAAAGGUCUCAGAGAGGCCAGAAAUGAUCAGCACUUUACACUCCUCCUGGGUAGUACCUAGUCCAUCUCCUUCUCAUCCACAGCAUACAUCAGGCUUACCCCCCUCACCAAGACCUAACACAGACCUGGGCCUCUCCCAAGUCAAAGGCUCUUCACCUUCUGUCAUCAAACACAAGAGUCUGGAGAGAGUACAUCCUCAGCAGCGUAGCUCAUCCUGUCCAAGGAUAGGGGAGCCCAACCAUACUGUUCCAUCUACUCAGCAUUCUGGCUCAUCUCUUGCUAGUUCAAGGCCUCUUUCUCCAAAGCCUAGUGGUGAGUGGGUCAAACAGAGCCCCAACCAAUCUGAACAUGCAUCAGUCAUAGGUCACCACAGAGAGGGAACAGAAAAGUCCUCACAGCCCACUAAGAGAGGUGAAACAACUCCUGAUGUUUCAUCCUACAAGCGCCCCUGUUUAGAGAACGGCCACCCUCCUGGCCACCUUUACCUUCCACAGAGUGAGGCUUACCUGAACCACAGCUUGGCCUAUGCCAAUAGAUACCUGCACUACCCCAUCCCUGAUGGUAUGGCACUGCACUCACUGCCUCUCACAGGGAAGGGCCCAGUCUAUCCUCAUCCAGUAUUGCUUGGCAGCAACAGCCUUUACCCAGGUCAUUUGGCACCAAAACAUCCUUUACCCUACCACAACCUCCCAGCCGGUCCAGGGGGGGAAUACCUCACUUAUAACUCACAGGAGAUGGCCCAUCCCCUGAUGCAGCCUCACUCAGACAGCAAGCCACCAGAAAGGGGAGAUGCUACUUUGAAACCCAGAGGACCGGAGAAAUCUCGGGGAGCUGCUGAAGAAUGUGGGGCUCACAGAGACCGUAACAGUGGGAAAGAGACUGGUGAUGGGAGCCAAACAAAACCUGAUAGGGAAACAGGAGCACAAGGUCAGAGUGGAAGUCAAAGCAAAACUUCCUCUGUAACAUCCAGGGAAAAGAUCAUCUGCAUCGACCUUGUGCACUCAGACACAGAUAUGGAGUCUACUCCAACAGUUCACAAACAGCCCUCUGCUGAGCCUAGCGCUAAGGUUGUCCAAACGGAAUCUUCUAAUAGUGAUCAUAAUGCAACAAAGUCUGACUUUGAACCAAAACACCACAUUUCCCAUCCAUAUUCAGUUCAGUCAGGAAAUGCCCCCACCCUGAAGCCCAACCACACUGAUAGAGGGUCAGAAACUCCAUUUGGGAAAACAAUGGUUCCUCAGGACACAGGCUGUCCUGGGAUGACAGCUACCACAUCCCCAAAUUCUCCAGGGCAAGAGACUGAGGCAGAGGACAGCCCAGAGGAAAAGAGCCCCAGCCCAGAACCUGACGACCAAGACCAGAGUACCUUGCGCUGUGCCCGCACAUCUGGGGAGCGUAGCUCUGGUAAAGACAAAGGGGACAGGGACAGAACUCCAAAUGUUACUCAGUACUGCACAGAAGUGGUAAAGGAGUCAGACCAGGAGAUGGUGUGUGAGAGGGAGACUGAGAAGGAAGACAGUAUUGUUGACCUAGGGGAGUCUCAAGGAGAAGGGGAGGAGGAUGAAGACGAUGGUAGUCAGACUUCAUCUAAAAGCUCUCGUAGAUCCAGUCUGGCUAAAAGGAUUGCUAACUCCUCAGGCUACGUUGGUGACCGCUUUAAAUGUGUCACCACUGAGCUGUAUGCUGACUCCAGCAAGCUGAGCCGUGAACAGAGAGCAUUGCAGAUGGAAGUCAUAUCACGAGAGGGGAGUAAUAUAAGUCAACCUGCAGCUAACUGGGAGCGGGCAAUGAUGCGGUUCUCGGAGCUGGAGCUGAAGGAGAAGGAGGGCGGCGGUGUGUGUGUGUCUGCCUCGGCAGUGGCAGCAGGACGAGAGCUGGCAGACGGCCAGCGCAGAGAGCGAGCGCUGGAACACUGCCAACACACCACCAGGCAGGGAGAGAGGGAGGGUAUUCGGCUGCCUCAUGGUAACAGAGUUCCAGUUCUGCAGAGGUGUGGAGUCCUGAGGGAGCCUUUAUCUCCGGUACAGGGGACCCAAGAUGGGGCCAGAGGCACCAGCCACGGAGGACUGAAGGAUGCAACCAGGAAGGUGGCAAGGGAACCUGAGGGAGGCCACUGUGCACCACCCACCUUGACACCAGCAAAAGGGUACCCUGAAGAUAAGGCCAACGCGGGAUUUGGAUCCACCAGGAAACGGCCUAAGCCAGAGCAGGAGGACACACAGAGGGAUGAAGGAGAACGUGUCUCCCAUCCCGAGAAAAAGCCCAAGAUCUCCACCGAUGAACAUGAGCAUGCUAGUCCAGAUGAAGACGACGACGAUGACGAGGUGCGGAAGCUGAAAGUGUGCAUUGAGCUGAAGGGACUGCGACUCAGCAAGCCCACCACUGGUGCAGCUUCACCCGACAGGUCCCAAAUGAAACAGGAAAAAGCCUGGACUCAGCCUCGAUUGGUCUCCUCGGCCCAGAACCUACGGGAGCGCAAGAUGAAGGCCGGCGAGCCAGAGGACAGAGCUGCAGCGCAGAGAGCCGAGAUCAACAGGAAAUGGGGUUGUGAGAAGCUACUUAAUGGAGUAGCUGCUUCUCCCCUUCCCCCCAGCCAGCUGAAGGACAGAGCGCAACUACCGGGCCCCUUCUCAGGUGACCGUGGCCUCAAGGAGCCCAGAAGGGGCCCUCCUUCUCCGACCCCUGAGCAGUCGUUGGGCGGAACCCCUCCCCUCAAGCCUCGUCGCCAUAGUGACACAGACAAACCCAAGGGCAAGCGGCCGUGCAAGACCAAACACACCAGUCAGAGGGAGCGAGAGCGGGAGAAAAGGAAGGAGGCCACACCUAACAGUCCGGGCCAGCGCUGCGUGGCUGAUCUGGGAGCAGCUGAAGAUGACAAGCCGAGUGAACAGCGUGGCGCUCCAAGGAAGAGAGCCGCCUCUCCUAAUCAUUAUCCCUGCUCUCCAGUCAAGCCCUGUUCUCCCGCCGUGCUGUGUCCUCCCUCCCUGCAAAUCCAGGCGAACGGCAGAGUGGGCGGCAUCCCACCAGAAGGGGCCGGGGUGCACAGGACCCCCCCUGCCGAGCCCCCUGCGCUGCGUCCCAUCCCGCCGGAGGCUCGACGGCUGAUCGUGAACAAGAACGCAGGGGAGACUUUACUCCAACGAGCGGCGCGCCUGGGCUACGAGGAAGUGGUGCUGUACUGUCUGGAGAACAGAGUAUGUGAAGUGAAUCAUCGAGACUAUGCUGGUUACUGUGCUCUACAUGAGGCGUGUGCCCGCGGCUGGCUCAGCAUAGUCCAACACCUGCUGGAUUAUGGGGCCGACAUCAACUGUAGUGCACAGGAUGGCACCAGACCGAUUCAUGAUGCUGUGGAGAAUGAUCACCUGGACGUGGUUCGUGUCCUUCUGUCCUAUGGCGCUGAUCCCACCUUGGCUACAUACUCUGGCCGUGGCCUGCUCAAGAUGACCCACAGUGACAGCAUGGAGCGCUUCCUCACUGAUUAUUUUGCUGACCUUCAGGGCCGCUCAGAUGACGACCCAGGACUUUAUUGGGAAUUCUACGGCAGCGCUGUGUGUGAAUCCACUGAAGAAGGCGGUGUCUAUGACAUCCUUGCUGACCCUCCUGGCCCAGAUGAUGAGGAUGAAGAUGACAAAAGAGAAGUGUUUGAGUUUGAGUUCUCUGACAGACCACUGCUGCCUUGCUACAAUAUCCAGGUGUCCCUUUCCCAGGGGCCAAGGAACUGGCUGCUACUUUCAGAUGUGCUUCGGCGCCUGCGGAUGUCUGCACGAGGCUUCCGACAGGCCUUCCCCCACAUGGAGGUGGUGACUGUAGCGGAGGCAGAGUUUUACCGGCAAGCCUCUCUGUCGCAGCUAUUCUCCUGCCCAGAGGAGCUGGAAGGCUUCCAUUCAGACAGCAAGGAGCUGCUGGACCUGGUGGAAGACAGUGCCGAGCUGGCUGCCCUGCUGGGCUCCACACUGGAGUGUCUGGAUGACCGCUGGGACCACCCAGGGGACAAGCUGAAGGAUAAAAUCAAGGCUAUUGGGAAGUUGGGCUCAUCCUGACCCCUGGGCCCACUAAACGCUGACCUUGAUCCUUAUGGACUGCAGUUUGCUUUAGAACCAACCAGGGGUUAUGAUGAUUUGCCUUAGCCUGACCCUUAGUUCCUGCGCUUCGGCCCUGCUCUGGUCCAGCACUGGUGCACUGUACAGAUAAACUGACCUGCUGGCUGUCAGGACUGCUGAAACGAUCUUCUGUUAACUGAGGAUUAACAAAUCUGGGACUCCGUUAAUUAAUAAUGGUCUUAUUUUUAUAAAUUAAUAUAUGUAAAAAAUAAAUGAAUAUAUAUAUAUAUAUCUAUAAAAAUAAAUAUAUAUAUAAUAUCAAGAGAUUUCUUUUCUUUGGGAUGUUGCUCAUGACUCCUGAAAGAUUUUGUAUGGCAACAGAGUGUAGUCGUGUUGCCUGUAGUUGGAUGGAGUGUGUGGGCGCGCAGCACAUUGUGCAUGUGUGUAGCUGUACAGAAUAGUACUAAGACUGUGCUAUUGAAUGUGGUAUUUGUGUUUAUAGGAAGCACAUGAUGUCCUUUUUUUCCCUCCUCAGACUUCAGCGCUUGCUUGAGCCUCAGGGGCUAUAAUGUUGUAUUUUUUUGGUUCAAAGUUGGCUUCCUGUUUAGUCUGUAAUUUAACUUGCAAAACGACAAAAUUGUUUGUAUUAUAAAGUUUUAAGACCAUGUAGAUAUUCACCUUUCGGCACAGAGCUUGUAUAUAACAGGGAAGCUACUGCAGUAAAGUAAUUUUUGGUGUGUUCAUUUUUGUUUUAACUUUGUAAUUAAAAUAUCUCAUUUGUAUUUAUAUUUUACAAAGGAAGUUGCUUUAAAAUAAAUAUACAAACUGCAAGAUGA